AUGAAUGAUCCGUUGAGGUUGAGUUAUAACCCCUUGGAUGUAGAUGCACAUAUAUUAGGAAAGACCUAUUUCGAUGAUAGCGGAGGAUACAAAAUGGGUGAUGUUUCAUUUGGAAUUCUAUAUGCUGGUAUUGGUAGUUUAGUGAUGGCAUUUAUUUCUGCUUGUAUAUUCGGAGCUAGUCUUAAUGGUGGGAUUAAGAAGAGAGAAUUGGAUGAUCUUGUUGUUGGGAAGCCAGGAAAAUUGAAUCCUUAUCCUGUGGAUGUGGAUGGCUUUUACUAUAAUGAUGUUGCUUUUGUUGAAGGUACUCCAGAGGAGAUAAAAUUGUUGAAAGUUUAG